UUGAGUGCGGUUUUCGCGAGUAUCGAACAUAAGAUUCGCGUCAUUCGAGACCGUGUGUGGUUGUUGUCAUAAAUAUUUAUUGCCCGGAUAAGUUGCAAUCGCCAUGUGCCAGAUGCGCGUUGGUUUCCUGGUUCUAGUACUGCAUUGUAUAUGGACUUGUUUUGGUCAGAAUCUACCGCAUAUAUCUUGCCCAGGGAUCUUCCAAUAUCUGAGCUACAGAGGUCAAGUCAUUGGGCUUUUAACCCUCUACCUGGAUUCGCGCGCCGAAGAAAAUGUCGUGAGCAUUGAGCUUUCCCAGCCGGGUAGGAAUUCUGCGAGUGAUCCGGGUGAUCUUACUAUCAUAGAAUCCGAAGACGAAGUUAUCUUUCGUUUGAGAAACAACGAGCCCAUACGCUAUCGAAUCGAUUUUCCCACUGCGGGAGUGAUUCCAAAACUGACAAAGGUUUCCGUCAACGAUGUGGUGAUAUGCCAAUCAUCGCCGUUUCGCGGUAAAAGCACAAAGUUGUCUUUGUCUCGUUAUCUGAAAACGACCAUACCGUUGGUACCCCUGCAGCCACAAAGACCUUCACAACCGUCUAUUUCUGGGCAAGGUCAGGGACUGAUAUUCCAGUCCGCCCAGCAGCCACAACGGCGACCGCAAGUAGAGGAGGAGUUCAUAGGUGCUGGGAAUUCCACCAAUGAAUUUGUACCAACCGUAUCCCGACCUGAACCUCGACCUCAACCCACAACACCACGGCCCCGGCCAGAGCCCGCACCUUCUUCUUCAACUCCGGUCUCUACGCCGACCCAGGUUGCAUCUGCAACCAAUUACCCCAAGACCAUUGGCCAACUGAACGGAGUUUGCGGUCGGGAAAAGGCGAUCCAGACGCCAUUCAUCCACGGGGGCGAAGCAGUAGAACGAGGUCAGCUACCAUGGAUGGUUACCCUUUUGGAGCACGUGGGAAAGGAGUACAACUUCCUUUGCGGUGGCACUCUGAUUUCAGCAAGGACAGUAAUAUCUGCAGCUCACUGCUUCCGCUACGGCAGUCGUAAUCUUCCGGGCAGUCGCACGACCGUCUCCUUGGGUCGCAACACGCUUGACUUCUUCACGCAAGGAGAGCUAAGACGGGUGUCGCUGCUUUUGCUUCACGAUCAGUAUAAUCCUGCCGUCUAUACGGACGCGGACUUGGCUUUGCUUCAACUAUCGGAGCAUGUUGAAUUCGGUGACUUCAUUCGCCCCAUUUGCUUGUGGAAUGAAAACUACCUGGUGGACCUCCCUUCGGGCCACAAAUCCUACGUAGCCGGUUGGGGCGAGGACGAGCUAGGCAACCGCAAUUCGCGGCAACUUAAAAUGACGGAUACAGACAUUAUAACUCAGCAGGAGUGCCGUGGUAAUCUCUCCGUGGACAAUGUGCGCUUCGUCACCUCGCGAACCAUUUGCGCCAGCAACUCGAGGGCCGCGGGUCCCUGCAACGGGGAUUCCGGUGGGGGCCUUAUGUUACAGGAGCAGGAUGUCUGGUUAUUGCGUGGCGUCGUCUCCGCCGGCCAAAGGUUGAGUAACAGAUGCGAUCUGACCCAACCCGUGAUCUAUACGGAUCUGGCCAAGCACUUUGAGUGGUUGAUGCAAAACAUAUGGUUUUAAGAAAUUAGUAAAAAGACUUUCCCAAUGAAGUGCCAAAAUAAAUAAAAGAAUAUUGUAUAAAAAUA